AUGACCCAGGUUUGGAGGUUGGAAGGAUGCGUACGCUUUAAAGAUCUAAAUGAUCAAUGCUUCUUAAUAGAAUUUCAAAAAGUGCAAGACAAAGAAAAGGUGUUGAGUGGGAGACCAUGGUGUUUCGACCGAAACCUAUUGACUCUCCAAGAAGUUGAUGCCAAAACUUCAAUCAACGCUACCCAGUUUCGGUUUGAACCUUUUUGGGUGCAAUGCCAUAACCUUCCACUAGCUGCCGUGAAUGAAGAUAUAGGUGAAAAGCUAGGCAACUGUAUUGGACAUGUAAUAAGGGUUGACACAGAUUCGGAUGGCUCAGCUUGGGGCAGAUGUCUUCGGGUAAGAACUGCCAUUGACCUUCACAAACCUCUCCUAAGAGGUAAAUGGAUGGAAUUUGAGGGACUAAGGCAUUGGAUCUCAUUUAAGUAUGAACGGCUGCAAGCAUUCUGUUUUCAUUGUGGGGUAUUAUACCACAAAGGCAAAAUAUGCUCGAGAUACAAACUUGAAGUCCACCCCGAGGAAAUCCAAUAUCAAUAUGGGUCAUGGCUUCGGGCACAGCCUAUGAAUUCAUCUAUAUUUGAUAGGAGGAAGUAUGGUGGCAAUCAGGCAAGGGAGGAAGUGAAAAACCAGAAAACCUCGGCUAAGGAGGACAAAGGGGAAAAGGAUAGAUGGGGCUAUAAGGAAAGGGAGCUGGCCAGUUCUAAGGAAGAGAGGGGCUGUAAGCAUAAUAACUCUGAAGAAGCAGAAGCAGUAAUAGCAAAAACAGAAAAACCUGAUAAUGUGCUCGCGGUGGAUGGGAAAAAAAGCAUUUCAGCAGCUAUGAAAAAUCCGAGUAUAGGGGAGGACCAUAAAAAGGGGCAACCCAAGGAAGAGUCAAAGAGCAUGGGUACACAAGAAGAAGAAGAUAGUUUUCAAAACUUACCAAGUAGUCAAGAGGCUCCACCUACUAUGAUGGAGUUGGAUAUGAGUAAUGCUCCAAAGGACACCUGUACUAAGCAAGAGGACAUUACACCUAACAGUCUUCUAAUACCAACCAGUCAAGAGGGAGAAAUAGGGGAGUCUGAACAUAAUGGUAACAACACAGGUUUAUCCGAACCCAACUACAACCUCUGUAAUGUCAAGAUUGAAAGGGACUUGGAUAGGACAGGUGCUAGACUAGAUGAGAAUCAUAAAGGGGGCAGAUGGAAAAGGAAAGCAAGGGGAGAACCCACUCCUUUUAUUUUACAGGAUGUCACCAACAUACAAAUCCAAAGGGGCCCUAAAAAGAGAAGUCUAAGUGGAGACAAAGAGGUGACCCCUCAACAAAAAAAAACAAAGAAUGAUACUCAAGAUCCUGAAUCCAAAAACCUGAAGGCAGUGGCUGGUCCUCAGCACUGCCCUCCCCAAUGA